AUGAUAGCUACUGGCGGGCUCUUGCGGAUAUCAAGGCGGCAGGAUUCGCUACGGUCUAAGAACCGGGCGGAGAACAAGAGGAAAAGGAAACCCAAAAAGAAGAGAAAGAAUGACAUUGUGGUUGUGAAAGGAAAACUGAAGCUGUGCUCUAUCUCUGGACUGGUGGCUGCAGUGGGAGUAAUGGUCUUAUUAGUGGGCAUAGCUAUGGCUGUACUGGGAUACUGGCCCAGAGACACCACAGACAAUCCAGAAAUAUGGUUACCAGUGAGACAUCAAGCAGAAAAACACACAGGCUAUUACAAGCACAACCCAGAGGGAAUUUCCAACUUCACAAGCAAUAAUAACCUGUGGACACAAAAUAAGUCCAGUGUCAGUGAUAGCAACAGUACUGGUACCAGUCCCAAGGCCUCCCCACAUACAGUGGGUUUCUUUGAGGGUUUGUUUGCCAGCUACCUGUACUCAGACAAGCUGAAAGUGUUUGGCCCACUGGUCAUGGGCAUCGGUAUCUUCCUCUUUAUCUGUGCAAAUGCAGUGCUUCACGAAAACAGAGACAAGAAGACAAAAAUCAUCAACCUAAGAGAUAUCUACUCAACAGUCAUUGACAUACACAGCCUGCGCACCAAAGACAGUUCCCCACUCAAUGGCUUGGUUAGUUACAUGCAGCCCAGGGGUUCGGAUGCUAGAUCAGGGUCUCAUACCAGCAGCACAGUAGCCAGAGGCUCCUGGCCCUCUGCGGCCUCAGGUAAGGGUGGGCAGUUUAGACGCCUGUCAUACGGCAGGAAAUGCAGCUGGACUCGAGAGAGGCAAUCCUUCACCGACACUAUUUACAGUAUCUACAGGGAUCAGAGCCACAGCGAAGGGCCCACGCCUGUCCCCAAACUUUGGGAGACGAGGUCCAUCGUGACGUCCUCCGUAAACACCUUCACCUUACCAGUCAUUAAACUCAACAACAGAGAGAUGGAGGAGAGAGAUCACAAAGAGGGAGAUUCACAGAAGGAGGGAGAAUCCCGAAUCUCUGAAGAGGAGGAGACGAUACCUCAGAGGAACAGGAUGCUUUGCAGUGCUGAUGUGGAAACCAAAGCAGAAGUAUCCAGGGAAAGCGUGUUGGUCUGUCUGAAUUCCAAGGGCAUUGGAGAAAUCCAGGAAGUUGCCAGAUCCUCCCACCAGCUGCUCCUACCAGCUCCACGAGGCAGAGUCAUGGGGUCACAUCUGUCCCUCAAUGCCCUCUCAGACAUUGGGGUCAGUCGUCAUGACGACAGGACACGACGCUUCAGCUGUCCGCGGUUAGACCGUUCGGGCAGUAAAGGUUACAUCAAACUGGCUGAUUUAGGUGGGGAUUCAUUCGAAGCUCCUGAUGACGAAACUGUUUGUCAUUCUGGGGUGCGGUUAACUCUCCUGGGUGUGCCUAAGAGGGAGAGGUAUCCAAUUCAACACGAAGGAGGCGGAGACUAG